AUGCCAUGCUCGCAAGGUGAGUUUUUUCUUGGUCUCGCCGCCUUCUUUUUGUUCUCGUUCCACGCUCUAACCGUCUCUGUCGCCCAGGUUCGAUGUGAUGCAGCCAGUCUCGGGGUGCCCUGCACCAAUUGUGUCGCUUUCUCUAUCGAUUGCAAGAUCCCGUCCCCCAAACGAAAGAAGAACAAUCAGAACAAGAGCAAGGAAGAGACUCAGUAUGACGGCAGUCCACCGCAAAAUACCUCCUCGGUCGCCGACGCGGGAGUUGCCCACUUCCAACCCACGAGCACUGAAGAGCCAGCCGAUUCAGCAUCUGGAUCUGUCUCCACAUCCAGGGAAAAGGUGAAAGGGUUGGUCUCCGAUAUGAAGAACAAUGCCUUUGGAUACCGAAACAACCUCAUAGGCGUCGACGGCCUGUCCAAUACUGCCCUUUCCGAGGCCGAGGCAGCCCAGCAAGCUUCAGCCAAUAACGCCUAUGCCCAAUUUAUGAAGCCAAAGUUUGCCCGUGCUCCAAUUAAAGAGGCUGGCCGGGUGGCAUAUUUGGGUGAAUCGUCGAAUCUGUCUCUUCUGGUUCAAGACCGACAUGGAACAGCAGAUGUCGUCCACUACCCGCUCCCCCCGAAUAUGAGAGGCUCCCGCGCCCGUUUGACGGACUUGGACAACUUGGAAAUUGAUAUUUUGCACCAGCGAGGCGCAUUCCUGCUCCCGCCCAAACCGCUGUGUGAUGAGUUGGUCGACGCCUACUUCAAAUGGGUGGCACCCGUCGUGCCGAUAAUCAACAAGAGUCGCUUCAUGCGUCACUACCGUGACCCGAAGAACCCCCCCUCGUUGUUACUGCUGCAGGCAAUUCUGCUGGCAGGAUCGAGAGUCUGCACUAACCCGCAGCUUAUGGAUGCGAAUGGUUCGACAACCCCUGCGGCUAUGACUUUCUAUAAGCGUGCUAAGGCGCUGUACGAUGCUAGUUACGAGGAUGACCGUGUCACUAUCGUUCAGGCAUUAGUGCUUUUGGAUGUCACUAAGAACGUAUUCUACUGGACACGGGUCGCUAUGGUGGUAGCUCAGGGGUCUGGAAUGCACCGCAGCGUCGAAAUGUCUCAGCUUAACAAACCAGACAAAAGACUCUGGAAGCGAAUCUGGUGGACCCUGUUCACCCGGGAUCGAUCUGUCGCUGUCGCACUGGGACGACCGAUUGGAAUCAAUACAGAUGACUCGGAUGUUGAGAUGGUUACGGAGGACGAUUUCAUUGAGGAUGAGCUCGACAGUGUUGCCGAAUACCCAGCAGACCCUGUUCAUGUCCAGUUCUUCCUCCAAUAUGUCAAGCUGUGCGAGAUCAUGGGCUUGGUUCUGUCGCAGCAGUACUCUGUGGCUUCUAAGUCACGGCGCAUGAAUGCAAUGGAUCUCACCCACUCGGAUAUGGCGCUCGCCGAUUGGUUGCAGAACUGUCCCAAAGAAGUAUGCUGGCAACGCUCUCGGCAUCAUUUCUGGGCGGCUCUCUUGCACUCUAAUUACUACACUACGCUCUGUCUUCUUCACAGGGCUCAUAUGCCGCCUGCCUCAUCCGCACCCAAUAACUACAGAGUGGAAGAAAUGGCCUAUCCAUCGCGAACAAUUGCCUUUCAGGCUGCAGGCAUGAUUACCUCUAUUGUUGAGAACCUACAGGCACAUGGGGAGAUCCGUUACACCCCUGCCUUUAUUGUCUACAGUCUAUUCUCGGCCUUGAUUAUGCACGUUUACCAAAUGCGUUCCUCGGUUCCUUCUAUCGUGACCACUUGCCAGGAAAGAAUCAAUGUCUGCAUGCUAGCCCUCAAGGACGUAUCAAAGGUCUGGCUGGUGGCGAAGAUGGUGAAUACUUUGUUUGAGUCUAUUCUCGGAAACAAGGCAUUGGAAGAACGACUGCAGAAAGCUGCAGGCCGAAGACAUCAGCGCACGCGGCAUGGAGAAUCAUCUUCCUCCAAGAGGCACGAUCCGCCGAAACGUAAAUAUGACGAUAUGGAUAUCGGCAUGCCAAAUGGUGGCGGGCCUACACCCUCCGUGUCAUACGAACGCUCCCGGCCCCAGACACCCGCUGUCACCCCCUCCCGGGAACUGAAUCAACCCCCUCCUGGCGGCCAACAGUCACCCAAAACCCACCGCGGUCCUCACGAUCCAAUGACCGGCACGGGUAAUUCCCGCGCCAACACCAGGCCUACAACCCCGUUCAACGGCCAAUUCUCUCUGCCCGCCACACCCCCCGACUUCUUCCUAGUAACCCGCACCUCGCCCAACCUCUCCCCCUCCCUCUGGGAGAACUUCCAACCCGAUCAACUCUUCCCAGACGGCACCGCCUUCUUCCCGGAGCUGACCUCGCCACCCCAGCCCGCUACAGUCGACCCAUCCCUCCAGAUCUCAUCACAAAUGGCCCCGGGCAUGGGCCCGCGCCCCAGUCCUACCAUGAACACCCAGCCGCUCCCCGGUUCGGGCCGUGGCAUGUCUGUCUCCCAUGGUAGCCCGACGAUAAUGUCGGGACUGCCGGGCACGAUGAGUAUGCAUCCCCACUCAUCGCAGCAGAUGUUCGGCAUGGAAGGUCAUCAUCAGCAAGCCUGGCCACCCCUGCAUGGUGCCGACAGCACCAUGAGUGCAGCCACGAUGGACGCUGCCAGCCAGGACAAUGAUACUUGGAGCAGUAGUUCCCGUAGCGGGCCGACUGCGCCAACGACGCUGAAUGUUGAGGACUGGUUUCAAUUCUUUGGCAUUAACGGCGGUCUCAGCGAUCUGGCGGGAUAA